CUUUAAUUCUCCAUUUUAAAGUUUAGUUUCCUAGCUCUCUGCCCCCCCCUUGCCUCAAGUUUCGGUAAACAACUUUCCCACCAGUUCCAAUCAACUGUAACCAUCGUUCUCACCAAACUACCUACCCCGCCACUCCAGCUCAUACCCCUGCUCUCUUUAAAAUAGCACACAAAUGCAGAAAGGGCAAUGAAAGAUGACAGAUGGGCAGGCCAGGACAGCCCAGGAAGAGCAAAUGAGUCAGAGCCUGUCAGGCUUGGAAUGUAUCAGUGAAAUAAGUGGAAGGCACAGGUCAGGUGAAAGGGUUCUCCAAAGGUGUCCACAUCUUAAUCCCUGGGACCUGUGAAUAUGUUAACUUUCAUGCCAAAAGGGAUUCUGUGGAUGUGAUUAAAUGAAGGAAUUUGAGAUGGGGAGAUUAUCCUGUAUUGUGUGAGUGGGGCCAAUGUAAUCCUUAUGUGGGGGACACAGGAGGGUCAAGGGCAGAGAGAUAGAUGGUAGCUGUAGUCUGAGAAGGUCUUUCAAGGUAGAGGAAGCGACUGUGAGCCAAGAAACACAGGUGGCCUCUAGGAGCUGGAGAAGCAAGAGGAAGUAUUUUUCCUAUACUUCCAGAAGGAACACAGCCCUGAAAGAACCUUAAUUGUAGCCCACUAAGAAUUAUAAACUUCUGACCUACAAAAUAGUAAGAUAAUAGCUGUGAGUUGUUUUUAAGUUGUUUUAAGUCACUAAAUCCAUGGUAAUUUGUUGUAGCAGAAACAGGAAGCUAAUCUAUGCUCUUCUAGAGUCCAGGUUAAUAAAAAGGUACCGAGCAGCUACAGACUUCUCAAAAUUCAAGUAGGAGUUUGGGGAGAAAAAAAUAGAGGAUUCUAAAUUACAUAUGCCUUUGGUUACCAUAGACACAACUUUUGAAACAAAGUCAAACAAUCUGAGUUGGCCAUGCAAAUCCCUGAACAGCAGAGGCAAUUAAACUAUUUUUCAGGCAGCCAGGCAUCGAAAGUACUUUCCCUUCGAUGGAAAGUAAAAUUCCAUGCCAUUAUCUCAUCCACUAACCAAGAAACUGAGAUUUUGUCCUUGGGAUGAUACCUUGCUGCCCCCAUCAGACAGUCACAAACCUCAUGAGACUGGACUUCGUCCUUUUCUUCUCUCAUACCCAACAGGAACUGAGAGCACCCCUGCAGCCUCUCUAAAGGAGAAAGCCCCUAAUUGUGGUGACUGCCUCUUUUAUGAAUGGCUGGGAUCAGGUUCAAGGUGUGACAUAACGUAAGGUUGGAUUCUGCCCUGAGUGUGGCAGGCAUCCGCAUCAAUGUGUCCAGCCUCGGAAAUGGCAUGAGAGAUGGUGGCCAAGCAGCCUGAGAUGCACACUAGGUCCCAUCAAGCUGUGUCCCAGCACAUUCUGGGGAGAAAGCCACAGUCAGGAGAGCUUGGCUACUCCUGGUUGGGUAUCUUUAGGUGAGCUAUGCACCUGUGAGCCUUAAUGUUGUCAGUGGGACUUUGUAGGGUCUAAUUUCACUGCCUACCCAAUGACCCUGAUGAAGGCACAGUAGGUGUACAAAUGUAUAUCCAAAAAUAAUUCCCCUUAAGUUGUUUUAAGUGUCACCCUUAGUACCCCUGACAUAGUCACCAGAGCAGCAAAGGAUCCCACUAACAUCUACAUCAGAUGGUGUCAGUGCUCUGCGCCAAAUCCUCUAGUGCUGUCUGACCUUAUCCAUGGUCCUCACAUUGGCCUAUGAGGCCUACCAUGAGCUGCUCACCUUCCCCCACUCCUUACUAAUCCUAUCUCUUCUACUUUUCCUUACUCCUUCCAUGCCAGCCACACCUGUCUUCUUGCUCCUCCUCUAAGUCAGGAGGUCAGCAAACUUUUAAGGGUCAGUCAGUAUUUACUUUCAUUCAGCUUUUUGGGCAAUACUGUCUUCAAUGGCAUGACUCAGCUCUACUGUUGUACUGCAAAGGCAGCCGUGGCUGUCAUGGCCAUUUAUACGCAGAUGAAUGAGCGUGGCUGUGUUCCAAUAAGGUGAUAUCCAACAAGCCGGGGACUGGACUGGACUGUAGCCUGCUGACCCCUGCUCUAACCCUCAGUCACACAUCUGCCUCCAGUCCUCUGCACCUGCUGCUCCCUGACAUCCACGUGGAUCUCUCCCUACCUCCUGCAGGUCUUCAUUCAAACGCCACCCUCUCAGGAAGCCCUGCGCAGACCACACUAGCACUGCCACCCUGCUUUUGCUCUUAACGCUCAUUUUGGUUAUUGCCUGCCACCCCCAACCCCCACCAACUAGAAUAAGAGAUUUUUGUCUAUUUUUUUCACCACUGAAUUCCCAGCUGCCUUGUAUAUAGCAGGCACUCAAUAUUAAUUAACUGAAUAAAUCAGGCUUGUUAGAAAAUUUAGAAAAAGGGGAGCCAUUUCAAAAACAAUAUCCCAAAUGUACCCUAACACAGGAUAAAGGUUUGCAGUAUCUAGAAAGGCCAGGUCACCAGAUUACGUCAUAAUUAGUGAUGUCAUUGUUGGGAAAAUUCUCAUGGCAUCCUCUGAUUUAGGCCUUUCAGCCUUGAAUCCAGUGGGAUUGAGGAACUUUCUGAGAGUGGUAUGGCUCUUGACAACAUGUGGGCUCCACCAGCAGCACUCAUAGGGGAUGGGCCUACCAAGACAGUGGGUAACCAGGCCCCUGGGCAGACACAGGCCCUCCAGACUGCCUCCUUAAGGGAUGGCCCGGCGAAGCGGGCUGUGUGGGUCGGCCGUAGUUCAGAGCCACAAGAACCUACUGAAUCAAAGGCAGCCACGGAGAGACCCAAGCAGGAGGUGACCAAAGCAGUGGUCGUGGACCUGGGCACUGGCUACUGUAAAUGUGGCUUUGCUGGCCUGCCAAGACCCACCCACAAGAUCUCCACAACAGUGGGCAAGCCCUACAUGGAGACCGCUAAGACUGGGGAUAAUCGCAAAGAGACAUUCGUGGGGCAGGAACUCAAAAACACAAAUGUUCAUCUUAAGCUACUUAAUCCUCUGCGACAUGGCAUCAUCGUGGACUGGGAUACAGUGCAGGAUAUCUGGGAAUAUCUCUUCCGACAAGAGAUGAAGAUUGCCCCGGAGGAGCAUGCAGUCUUGGUUUCAGACCCACCGCUGAGCCCACACACCAACAGAGAGAAGUACGCGGAAAUGCUGUUUGAAGCCUUCAACACCCCUGCAAUGCACAUCGCCUAUCAGUCCCGCCUGUCCAUGUACUCCUAUGGAAGGACCUCCGGCCUGGUGGUGGAGGUUGGCCAUGGCGUGUCCUAUGUGGUCCCCAUCUAUGAGGGUUAUCCUUUGCCCAGCAUCACCGGAAGACUAGACUACGCAGGCUCUGACCUGACAGCCUACCUGCUGGGCCUGCUGAACAGUGCAGGGAAUGAAUUCACCCAGGACCAGAUAGGCAUCGUGGAGGACAUCAAGAAGAAAUGCUGCUUUGUGGCCCUGGAUCCCAUUGAAGAGAAGAAAGUCCCUCUCAGUAAGCAUACCAUGCACUACGUGCUGCCGGAUGGAAAGGAGAUUUACCUGGGCCAGGAAAGGUUCCUCUGCUCAGAGAUGUUCUUCAAGCCGUCUCUCAUCAAGUCCAUGCAGCUGGGCCUCCACACCCAGACUGUGUCCUGCCUUAACAAGUGUGACAUCGCCCUCAAACGGGACCUCAUGGGGAACAUCCUGCUCUGCGGGGGCAGCACAAUGCUCAGUGGCUUCCCUAACCGCCUGCAGAAGGAGCUAAGCAGCAUGUGUCCCAAUGAUAGCCCACAGGUAAACGUGUUGCCUGAGAGAGACAGUGCCGUGUGGACCGGUGGCUCCAUCCUGGCCUCACUUCAGGGUUUCCAACCACUGUGGGUCCGCCGCUUUGAGUACGAGGAACAUGGGCCUUUCUUCCUCUACAGAAGGUGCUUCUGAACGGCGAUGAGGAUGGCCGCUGCACUGGCAGUGCAUGCCCUUGGCUGGGUGAGCACGCUCCUACACACAGCAGGGGGAGCCGGGCUUAUUCCUGUAACAUUAAACAUUCCUCACAUGCCCCUC